AUGUCGACUGACCAGACACUGUCUAUAAAAAGAGAGUUCACUUCCACGGCGAACAUACAUUCAGAAUCUGGUGGCGAUCUUCUUCUCCUUGUGUUUCUUGAAACAGAGUACGACUCACUGAAUCGAAUUGGUUCAUGCAGGACAGCUAAAAUGAGUUCAGAAGUGAAGGAGGACUGUCUCGGAUGGGCAGCAAGAGAUUCAUCUGGUUUUCCAUCCCCUUAUAAAUUUCCAAGAAGAUUUGCUGACCUUUUUGAAUAUGGGGAUAAACCUCGAUACAGGGCAGUUGGGGAUGAACAAUUUGGACAUGAAAUUGCUGGAGUUGUGAAAGAGGUUAGCCCCAAUGUCCAUCGUUUCAAAGUUGGCCAACAUGUUGGAGUUGGAACGUAUGUUAACUCAUGCAAGGAAUGUGACAACUGCAUUGCUGAUCGGGAAGUCCAUUGCGAAAAAGGAGCAAUAUUAACAUUUAACUCUGUUGAUGUGGAUGGUACUGUCACAAAAGGUGGAUAUUCCAGCUACUAUGUUGUUCAUGAAAGGUACUGCUUCAGAAUACCUGAUGGCUACCCAUUGGCCUCAGCAGCUCCCCUGUUGUGUGCUGGAAUUACUGUGUACAGUCCCAUGAUAAGGCAUAAGAUGAACCAACCUGGAAAAUCUCUUGGGGUGAUAGGGCUUGGAGGCCUUGGUCACUUGGCUGUCAAGUUUGGGAAGGCUUUUGGAUUGAAUGUAACGGUGUUCAGCACAAGCAUGUCUAAGAAAGAGGAAGCUUUGAAUCUUCUUGGAUCUGACAAAUUUGUGGUCUCAUCAUAUGAACAACAGAUGAAGCUUCUGGGGAUCACCCAUUUAAUCAUACAUUGCCCUGUUGAAGACUGCUGGCACCCUGGUCUUGGUUGGCGCCCCAAGUGA